UUAUUUUUUGGGCAUACGCCACCUUCAGAAGAGAAGGAGGUGCCUCUUUCGCUAUAAUCACGUGACGGCCACAUCCGGGCCUUUUGCCUUCUCUCCCUCUUCCCAACAUGGCGGCUUCAGCUAAGAAGAAGAACAAGAAGGGGAAGACCCUGACUCUGACGGACUUUCUGGCAGAGGAUGGCGGCGGUGGUGGUGGUGGCGGUGGUCCCACCUAUGUUCCAAAACCUGUCAGCUGGGCAGAUGAGACAGACGACUUGGAAGGAGAUGUUUCUACCACCUGGCAUAGCAACGAUGACGAUGUGUACCGAGCCCCUCCAAUUGACCGUUCCAUCCUGCCCACUGCACCUCGGGCAGCUCGGGAGCCCAAUAUUGACAGAAGCAAUCUCCCAAAGUCACCCCCCUACACUGCCUUUCUGGGAAACUUGCCCUAUGAUGUAACGGAAGAAUCUAUCAAGGACUUCUUCAGAGGACUUAACAUAAGUGCUGUUCGUUUGCCACGGGAGCCUAGUAAUCCAGAGAGGUUGAAAGGGUUUGGAUAUGCUGAGUUUGAAGACCUGGACUCCUUGCUCCGCGCUUUAAGCCUCAAUGAAGAGUCUCUAGGGAACAGGAGAAUACGAGUUGAUGUUGCUGAUCAAGCUCAGGAUAAAGACAGGGACGAUCGCUCUUUUGGUAGAGAUCGCGAUCGUAACCGGGAUUCGGAAAGAUUCGAGACUGACUGGAGAGCUCGUCCUGCUACAGAAAGCUUUGAUGAUUACCCUCCCCGCAGGAGCGAGGAUAGCUUUGGAGACAGGUAUCGGGACCGGGACCGUGAUCGUUAUGAUUCGGAUCGGUACCGCGAUGGUCCCCGAAGAGAGAUGGACCGUUUUGGGGGCGGCAGAGAUCGUUACGAUGACCGUAGUAGAGACUAUGAUAGAGGUUAUGACUCAAGGUCAGGCAGUGGCAGAAGAGCCUUUGGCAGUGGAUACCGUCGGGAUGAUGAUUUCAGGGGUGGUGGUGACCGCUAUGAGGACCGUUACGAGAGGAGGGAUGAUCGGAUGGAUAGGUGGAGUUCGCGGGACGACUAUAACAGGGAUGACAGCCGGCGGGAUGAUAGAGGCUCCACCCAGAGGCCUAAACUGCAGCUGAAGCCCCGGAGCACACCCAAGGAGGAAGAUACCUCCGUCGCUCCUGCUACCCAGUCUAGCCGUGCAGCCUCCAUCUUUGGGGGGGCCAAGCCAGUGGACACGGCGGCCAGGGAGCGUGAAGUGGAAGAGAGGCUACAGAAGGAGCAAGAGAAGCUGCAGCGUCAGCUGGAGGAUGACAAGCCCAGGCUCGAACGGCGGCCCCGGGAGCGGCACCCCAGCUGGCGCAGCGAAGAGAACCAAGAACGGUCACGGACAGGGAGCGAGUCCUCCCAAACUGGCAGCACCACCCCUUCUGUGGGGACAGGCCCAACAGGAAGAACCUCACGAAGGAGGGAGAGUGAGAAAUCCUUGGAAAACGAAAAUGUCAGCAAAGAGGACGAAGGCCUGUCUCCCACCUCCAAGACUCCCAGGGAAGAGAAGCUUCCCCUGAAGGUGAUGCCAGCUCCUCCACCAAAAGAGAAUGCUUGGGUGAAACGCAGCAGCAACUCUCACCCGGCACUCUCUCAGAGCUCAGAUUCGGAUCAGCAUUCCCCUACAAGUGGCAGCCAGGCUGUGCCAUCCCUACAGUCGGAAGAUGGAGUGCCCCCCAAGAACACCUCACGGAAAGGAGAUGAAAACAGACCUGAUGGUGGGAAGGAGAGUGUUCCAAAAGGCCGAAGUGGAAGCUCUGGCUGUGGUCCUGGAGAUGGAGGCAGCAAAGACCCUUGGCAAGACUCCGAUAGCGAUGACUUUUCCAGGAAAGAAAGCAAGAAGGAGCAUGACUCUAGAUCUGCAUCUGAGCCAAAGAAAUUCGAAGAGAAUCCUACCCCUAAAUUUAGCUAUGCUAGCAAGUAUGCUGCUUUGUCAGUGGAUGGUGACGACGAAGCUGAGGGAGAUGAGUAUGCUGACUAAAUUCUCCAGGCCCCUCCAUGCCGUCUCCUAACCGGUUGCCACCCAGGAACAUUCGGAGAGCAAAACCAAACCUUUAUUCAGACAAGACAGAAAAAUAAAAGCCUACAAGUCAACAUCUCCUUGGAGAGACCUUUCUUAAAAAUUUUCUUUUAAAAAAACAGUGAUACAGUUUCUCUUGCAUGCUGCUGCAGCCUUUAUAAAGUAUUGAACUAACUGGAGAAGUCCCUGCAAACCAAGUGUAGCAAGAGAUAAGAUGUCAGGUGUCUUUUAAAAACAAAAGGAAUAGGCCCAGUGUGUGUCUUGAAUGUGACUUUACGCAGUUUCCAAUCACGUCUAGAGCCCAGGCCCUUCCCAUUAAAAAGUGGAGGCCACCUGCCCUUAGCAGGCCAGGUGUGUGUGUGUGUGCGCGCGCGUGUGUGUGUGUGUGUGCGUGUGCGUGUGUGUGUGUGUGCGUGUGUGUAGGAGGGGGUGAGUGCAGCCAAGAAGUCUCUUCCCCAGCCCCCUUUGUGCCAGCCGGAGUGACUUCUGCAGUGUAAUCUGGAACAAUCGCCUUGAAAGCACCUAGUGCACUGGGGAAGGAGGAGAGAGCAGUCUUAUUGGAUGGAGGAAGGCAUGAGAUGAUCUUCCAGGUCGAGGACUGGGGCUCUGCAGAGCAAGUAAACUCUUGAGUUGAGACGCAGGUUUUGCCCUGUUGGGAAUGGGAGGUCCCGUGCAUUGCCCCCCCCCCCCCGAAAUCUGGCAGGUUUGGAAAGCCACAAGCAGCCCUUGGGCUGAGCAGUAGAAUUUUGCUACCAUCUUGGAAGCCUUGGGGCUCAUCCCAAAGUUGUAUUCCUCACCUGGAGGUGGCUGACAGCGGCUCCGUGUGGAUUCUUUCUACCCCAGUGGCCGUUGGGACUGUGCAGCGCUGGCGUGGAAAGUAGGCAGUUGGGCUGAACCUUCUUGUAUGUUGCAGACUCCACUGUAGGGAAUUGGUUUUCGGUCACUUCCGUGCAGGGGGCUGCAGUGUAUAAAGCAGCCAUUGAGCUUGAGGGAACCAUCAGCUGAAAGAACCCCUUUCUGGAGGCUAGCAACUCGGAGCUUUCCUGUCCCUUCCUCUUUUGCACCCUUUGAUCACACUAUCACAGAUUCAGAAUGGCACCCUUUUAAUCUUGGGCACAGUUAAAGAUAGUGAGAGUCACUGAGGCUCUCUCACUGUUGCAUCAUGGGACUGUUCAACUUGCUUCCUCUGGCUUGGGCAAGCGGAGCACUACAUGGCUGGCAAAUCUCAGCCCUUCAGUUGACUUUUAACCCCCUUAGUUUCUUCUGAAGAUAAUUCCCAGCCCCUGGCAUGAUUGGAGGUCAGAGACUGAGAGACCUGUGGAGACAAGGAUCUGUCCUUGUUCUAGCACUCUUGUGCUUUCACUCUUAUUUCUUCAGCUAAUGGUAAAGAUGUGGAAAUAGCUACACAGUGGCGCUGAAUUAGCACAAGAUUUUAAUAGCUAACUCUCAAACAGCAUGAUUAUACAGAGGAUAUAGAGUAUCUGACUAGAAAGAAGUGUGGCUAACUUUACGAGGUGUGCUCGGGCUCAUCAAGGAGCUGUUGCCUUUCACAUAGUUGGAGAAGGAGGAGUUUGCUCUCAAAACAAACCCAGCUGGAUCAAAGUACUGGAUUCGGUGUGUUGAAGCUGCAGUGGUUGGUGUCUUACUUCAGUAACUUUUAGCUACAGUUUGAAAAUCAGUCCCUUGAAAUCUAAAGAGUAUUGGCAUGUCCCAUGGCAGGAUGUAGAGAGGGUGGUGAGGAGAGACCAUGCUAAGAGCAGAGAUGGGUUUGAAAUGCAAGAUUGUGUGGAGUCUAUGAAAUGCAGAGGGUUCUAUUUGAGUUUAACUGCUGAUUUGCAAACCCCAAAAGCAUUCUCUUCCCUCCCCCUCCCCUUGCAUUCACUCUGCUGUCGGGACAGGUUCACAAAUGGAUUGAGUUGCAUUUUACACAUUCUGAAGACAUGUAAAAUUUGUACAAAAUAUCUUCUAUGAAAAUGAUUUGUAAUCUGUGUGGACUUCCUGGGAGAUGUCUUAUUAUGUAAAAUUCCCUUCCCCUCCCGCCCCCCUGGUUUUUUUGUGUUUUUUUUCUCCAAAUAAAACUAAUCUUUAAAAUAA